AUGGCUCCCCCAGCCCGCAAGAAGACACGCAUUGAGUCUGGGCAUCCUGGAGAUUCCGCCGACUCCAUGACAGGCGGCCAAAAUAUGGCCAUGGAACGCCGCCUAAAAAAAAGAGAAUCUGACCGUAAAUGCCAACGGAUUUCUCGAGAGAGAACCAAGUCUCGCAUUGCCCAACUGGAAAAACUUGUCGAAGAGCUGAGCCGGGCAGACGAUUCUGGCAAGAUCGCAGCACUCCUGGAGACGGUCUCGCAGCUACAGCAGGAACGCGACAGCCUUGCUAACAAACUGAAAAGUAUUGAGAGCAUCCUCUUUCCGGGAGGUACUCCCGCCACGCUCAAAGAUCCAAAAGUGGAGAAUACACCCUCGUCGGCGCUCAACCUAUCUUCACUUGCUGCCGAGCCUGAGCAUGAUACAGGGGCGGUCGAUCCAGCGUCGGAAACUUCAGAGGAAUGCUUGCAGAAAUUUUCAGAGCCAGUCGUAAAUUCCAGACGCAAGUCAGAUAUUUUGGAAGUUCCUCGAAGCUCGGACUUGCCAAUGACCUUGUCCACCCGGGGAACUCGAAAUCAUCAGUACAUGCCAUUACUGGCCCCCAUCGGUGGUUAUGUCUGUGAAUGCAGCUAUGCGAGAUCUAUCCAGAAGCAGACCCUCAAUUUCUGGUAUCAAGGCAACAUGACCCUGAGCGCGUGGAUGAAGUGGCCCAAAUUGGUCCCCGCGGUGCCUGACCAUGACCCGUUCCAUGACGACACCCCGAUCCGCGCUAUACUCGAGGGAUGGGACGCCGUGGAGCGACGUGGUCAUGUCCACCCGAUGUGGCGUUUACUCCGUACCAUGGACGAGGGACUUUUCAGUCAUGCUGAGACAGCGAAAAGUCGGCUGGGGAUUUUGUGUAAUGUCAGUCGAGUCCUUCGAGCGCACCUCGACACGACACACACGCAACUCAAAAAACUCCCAAAGUACUGGCCAAGCAGAGUCACCGCUGACCAUUCCGCAUACGCUACGAACUUUGUUGCAUGGCCCGGUGUACGCCAGGCCCUGGAUCGCGACGAGCAUCGGUUCUGCUCGAAUCACUUCUGGACCAUGUUUAUCAACAGCAUGCGUGUCGAAUGGCCUUAUGAGUUUCGUGAUUGCUACUUGCUCAACUCUGCCACCGGUCUCUACAUACUGUCACCGCUCUUUGACGAGACGCUCAAAGACAUUCGGAAGAUCGGCGUCAACGAAUCUUUCUUUCGAUAUUACCCCGAGCUCGAAGGCGCAGUGAACGUGAUCCACGACUGUCCGCCACACGCAGGGCGCAUGCCGACUGACCGAGCUCCUCGGGUGGACGUCAACGGCUUGGACCUGACUGCGAGGGUGACGGAAUGUCGGGAUCCAUCAAGCGAAAUGGUUACAAAUGGGCUGCACCCGUCGCCAGGGCUGGGACCGACCCUGUUUGACCAGUCGGCACCUUGGGACUUGUUGGAUUCGAUCCCUGAAGUGUCUUUGAUCUCGCACCGGGACUUUGUCUGAUUGCACUGGUCGGUCACGGAAGAAUGGUG